AUGGAGGCGAGGCGGGGGAAGUCGGCGUUGGAGAAGCCCUUGGAUUUGAAGAAGUCGACGAUGGAGAUGAUUUUGGAGGUGGAAUCGGGAGAUGGGAGCUUGUGGAGUUGUGUGUUUGGGUGGACUACCCCUAUGGAUUUGAGGUACCGGAGAUGCUCGCGGCGGGUUGUGUCGAACUUGAUGUGGAUCGGCGGUGGUCCUGGUGGCGGCGAUGGGAGCCGCCGGCGGGAGGUGAAGGGUUUGGAGGAAGUGGAAGAAGAAGGCUGGAAGGAUAGAGAGUGGAGCAUUCUUGCGAAAAGCCUCAGAGCUCCAUUAAUGGAGGUUCUUAUGACUCCGGCGGGAACGCUGCACCAAUCUCCCUCCAGACUGCAUUUCCUCAAGCCUUGUCACAAUUUCGUCAACUCCACCUUCAAAUUCAAGCCUCAACACCUCUACACAUCCCGCAACCGCUCCAGAACCCAACUCCCUCCUCCGUUAACCUUAAUAAACUGCAAGCUGAAAUCCUCUGGAGAAGUCAUGAAGCAGAACGCUUCUAAGAAGAUUGAGCUGUGGAAUUCCGCUCCGCCGCUGUCCGAGGAGGCGGAGAAGAACGGCGGCAGCGGGAAGGAGGAGGAUCCCGUCAAGGCUGGGAGUGGAAGUAGUGCGGUGUCGCGGUCGGUGAAGAAGUUGUCGAGGAAGGUUUUGUCUCUGCUGUCUAAUUUGCCUCUGGCCAUCGGAGAAAUGUUCGUGAUUGCUGCGCUUAUGGCUCUUGGUACAGUGAUUGAUCAAGGUGAGACACCGGAGUACUAUUUCCAGAACUACCCGGAAGAGAGUCCUUCAUAUGGGUUCAUUACGUGGAGAUGGGUUCUCGCCCUUGGUUUUGAUCACAUAUGGAAAUUCAUGGACUCACCUGAGGCUGUUCGUAAGCAGGACUUCUCCGAAACAUUGCCCCAGGCGUCAGUUCAAGAUUUGGGUGUGAUCCUGAUGGGAUCUGGAUAUGAGGUUUUUCUUAAGGGGCCACGUCUAUAUGCAUUUAAGGGUCUCGUGGGUCGGUACACCCCAAUUGGAGUACACUUAGCCAUGCUGCUGAUAAUGGUGGGUGCAACUCUUAGCGCCACAGGAAGCUUUAGGGGAUCGGUUACAGUUCCACAAGGGUUGAAUUUUGUUGUAGGAGAUGUGCUGGGACCAAGUGGGUUUCUCUCCUUUCCCACUGAAGCUUUCAGCACUGAGGUUCACGUCAACAAGUUCUCCAUGGACUACUAUGAGAGUGGAGAGACUGACUGGAGCAUUUCAGCAUUGCAAGUAGUCAAAGAUGGGGAAGGACCUUUCAAUCUGCCAAUGGCGCCACUAAAAGUAAACGGGGAUAAGAAACUCUACGGGACAAUCUUACCAGUUGGGAGUAUUGAUGCUCCUAACGUCAAGGGAAUAUCAAUGCUUGCUCGUGAUCUACAGUCCAUUGUGUUGUAUGAUCAAGAAGGGAAAUUCGUUGGAGUUCGACGACCUAACUCCAAGCUUCCAAUUGAGAUUGAUGGGAUGAAAAUUAUUAUUGAAGAUGCAAUUGGAAGCAGCGGUCUUGAGCUUAAGACUGACCCUGGAGUUCCAGUAGUGUACAGCGGAUUCGGUGCUCUAAUGCUCACAACAUGCAUCAGCAUCUUAUCACAUGCACAGAUAUGGGCUUUACAAGAUGGAACGUCAUUGGUUAUUGGAGGCAAAAGCAACAGGGCGAAGGGUGAGUUCGAAGGGCAGAUUAACCGAAUGCUUGAUCAAGUACCAGAGCUGGUCGAGUCAUCAUCAUCGUCGGUCACUAAGCAAUCUAAAGACAUGGUCGCUGCAGCCUCCUUCACUGAUCCAAGUGCCAGACCCAGUUGAUCGCAUCCCGCUAGCUAGGGUCAGUGUCUAGUUCUUGGGGACCUUGAAUCGCAAGGAAAUGUGCAUGCAUGCAAGCAUGGUUCAUACUUCAUAGGGAGAGCUGUUAGAGGUUUUGAAAAGUUGUGCAGAGAGAGCCAUAAAGGGUCCUACAAAAUACUGGUUAUGGCAUAUACAAGCUUCCACCCGAGGAUUGAAGACGGCCUAAGACGAGUAUUUUUCUCUGUGUUUAUAUCAACUGUAAACCAAGAAUGGAAGGAAAUUGUUUGAAUGUAUAGUUAAAGAGGGCUAGAUUUCACCCAUUUUCCAGUACAUCAAAGAAAAGAGAAAAACAAAUGAACCCAGCUCCAACUGCCUUCCUUUCAUUCUUAUUAUACAGAGUGAUUACCCCCAAGCUCGUAUCACUGAAGAUAUUCCCAGACUACUCCCUAAUCAAUAACCCUUGCCGUCGGAAUCUGAUGAUAAUGAAAUCAUGGGAAAAUCUUGCGCCUCCGUCGUGGAGUCUCUCGCUUCACAUAUACUUUCUCUGUCUCGUUUAGAGGUCGGCUGGAGCCAUCUGGUAAACUUACAAACUUCCAGCCACCGCCACCUCCACGCUUUCCUUGAGGGCCCAUUUUCUCCACCGUGAAGUUCCAGCCUUCAGAUGGGCGCCGCCUACUAUAUUUGUGGCAUUUAACCUUCCCAGCAAUUUUCAUUUUGUUGAAUUCCAUCCUCUGGACAAACUCUUGGUACAGCAUUUCAUCUUCUUUCAUGGAUAUCUCAUAGUGGACUUCAUCUGGAUCCCGAGUUGUACCAUCCCAACCCUCGGGCAUCACCUUGAAAUCAGGUUUGUAAGGAAGAGAUGCUACAUGAAACUCUCUGUCAUGGGAAUUGAAAAAUUCUGGGCAGGUAUCAAGCAAAAGUUCGACUGAGUCAUCGUGGAUACGACCACGCUUUCUCUCCUCUUCCUCCUCUUCCUUGAGCCAGAGAAUGGCAUGCACUCUCUGCCUCAUGAUUCUGUAGUCCUUGGCAAGCUUCUCAACAGUGUACACUUCAGGGUUCUCUUUGUGCAACCGAUACAUCUCUGCCUUCUCUGAAUCCUUAAGAUAAGAUCCUCUAGCACCAGGCUCCUCUACUUGCUUCAACAACCCACUUAUUUCGCGUAAUCUCUCCCCCCAUCCAUUAACAAAAGCCCUCCCUUUCUUGUUCUCUGCAUCCAGUUCGUUUAGCUUAUCAUCAAGAUCCUGCAACUCAAAUAUCUUCAACGACUGAGAAGCUGUGUUUUCCUUGCCAGUUGAACUUGCCAUCUUGCCAACCAUCUCCCCAUCAAAAUGAUCCUUGGUCAAUCCAGUUGACCAUGAUGAAACAGAGUCCCAUCCCAGAUCAUCAGACCCGGUCGAACCGAAGGACGAUCCACCUGCAGCAGAAUUUUCCCAAUCGUUCGUUCCCUGAUUUCCACCACCACCACCACUACCGCCCGACUGUGAAGAAAAGCCACGUGCCCUAAUGAAUUGACUUGCUUCAGCACCAAAUGCAGAUGUAGCACUUGUUUCCUUUAGAAAUCUCGAUGCAGGUGUACUACUGCACACCGUGGUUGAGGAUAACCGAGAUAUUACGCGGUGAAUAGUGUGCAUAUCUGCAGUAAACUACCCUGGAUGGAGCAAAUGAAAAUCUCAGCACCACAACAGAAGCUCAGAAGUAACC